AUGGCACCAAGGCACGCCGAGAUCAUGGGCAGACACAGCAUUCAAGACGACUUGGAAGAUUAUUCCCUUGAGGAUGAAGCCUUUGAUCCUUUUGAUACGACCGAUCGGAAUGAUGAUGUGGCGUUUCCGAAUCUCGAGGCAGAGCAGAAGCAACUACAUCAGCAACAUUCUCGCAAGACCAAGCCGAGUCGAUCGCGAAAACCUUCGUCUGUGGCAGGACGGAGCAGUCGAAGCAACUUGGAAAGUAGCCGUUUGAGAGACAGCAGCAGCCAAGACAGUGGUCAUCUCUUGGAAGAUAGUGCAAGCCAAAUGGAUGAAAUCAGCAUGAGCAAAGGUUCUGAUGAGUCCAGGAGGAGAGCAAGGAUGAGCCAGCAGCGAACCCCCAAACCAGGGAGUGCCCCUUUGUUCCCCAAGAAUUCAGCUCGGCGUAGCAACGCAGCAGUGGGAAAACAAUCCUCUGAGCAAAAGGCUGAUGGUGGCUCCAGACAGAGCAAGCGGGCCAUAUCCAGAUCCUAUACAUGUGGAGAACGAACCAUCAAGUCCAAGAAUCGCAGUUCUGUCUCUUCGGAGAACUCAGACUGCCCGCUCUCUCCAGGAAGAUGUGGUUCUGGCAAGAGUGCUCGUGACAUCAGAUCUCCUCGAAGACAGCUAUCACCUCGGUCGCCGCUUCGCACCUCCGUUGCCAACUCGGAUGCUCGUUUACGAAUCCGCAAGGCAGCAGCUCUGCAACGGGAACGAGAAGAACGAGAACAGGAAGAAGCCAAACUAGCGGCACAAAAGGCCAAGUUGGCGCGGCAGAAGCAAAAGGCAAAGAAUGAUAUGAGGUUGGGUCAACAGUUGGCCAAGUUGGAUUCUAUGGAUGCCGGUGGUGAAGAGAAUACUGGAGAUGGCAGGUCUGUGUCUUCCAAAGAAAGCAGAAAUUCAAACGAUUUGUCAAGUGUGAAUUCUGGCAAAACCAGAGGCAGUACUGUCGAACAACGAAGACGCCAUCGACGCACUCAUUUAUCUCACAAUAUGCUGGUUCGCAAUAUGAAUCAGAUGGCAGCAUCAUCCAAAGAUCUGGAAAGUAGCGAGAUGGGAGAUGAGACCGAAGUCACCUUGGAGGACAUUAGUGAAGAUACAGAAGAAAUGCCAACGCUGUCUGCCGAAGAACUUAGUGGUGCAUGGCAGCGACGAAGGGAAAGGCAACAACAACGAAGCUAA